AUGACCGAUAUACGUAAGUUUUUUGUACCUCAUAAGCGAAUGAAAACUACAAAUGAAAGUGGAGGUGUCGAAGAAGAUACUGUCUAUGAUGAGGUAUCACAGGAAAAGGGAAAAACAAAUUCAAGUGCUGUAUUUGAUGAUUUGUUACAAUUUAGAGUACAGUCAGGUGACGAAACAUCACGGAAACAUUUUGAUGGUGCGCCUAAAAAUGCUACCUAUGUUUCUCAUAGAACCCAAAAUGAUUUAAUUGAUGUACGCGCCGAAGUACUAAGAAAUGAUUUGAUUAAUACCAUCAAUAACAGCGAAUCAUUUUCAGUUUUGGCAAACGAAACAAUGGAUAUUGCAGGCACAGAGCAACUUUCUCUUUCUGCAUGUUAUUUUGACCUUGCAACUAAUGUUGUCAGAGAAGACUUCCUUGGAUUUACACCGUUAGCAAGGUUAGAUGCAAAACAUAUCUCCAACACAAUAAUAUCUACUUUACCUGCCUGUGGUUUAAAUCUAGAUAAAAUGGUAGGACAAGGCUAUGACGGAUGCAGAAUGAUGACCGGUAAAAUUGGCGGAGUACAGAAGAUAAUUGCUGAGAAAUAUCCCAAGGCUCGCUUCUAUCAUUGUGCUAGCCAUAGACUUAAUUUAGUUGUGAAUGAUUUGAACACCUUACCAGAGGUCAGAAAUGCCAUUGGUACUAUCAAAGAAGGAAUUUCUUUUUUCCGGGGGAGCACGCAAAGGAAAGUCCUAGUUGGGAACCUUCAAAAACUGUGUGAGACACGCUGGUCUGAGAAGCAUAAGUCUAUAAGGAAAUUUAAUGAUAAGUUUUUAGAAAUUGUUGAAGCAUUAGCAAUUUUACACAAAGAAGGAGAUCGUGAAACUAGGCAGAAAGUCUGGCAACUUUACUGCACACUUACUUCUCCAACAUUUGUUGUUACAUUAAAAGUCAUAGCAAAAUAUUCAGCCAAACUAGAACCUGUUACCAAUAUCCUACAAUCAGUAAACAUGAACUUGUUAGAAGUUUCAGAACACAUUCAAGGAAUUGUAAAUAUGUUAUUGGAUGACAGAGAAAAUGCGGAAGCCGAAUUUGAAAUGAUUAUGAAAAGUGCUGAAAGCAACUAUAGUGCACUAGGAAUAGAUGUCACUGGCAUUCGACAACCAGUUUUAUAUGAUGAUGCGAGUGAAGUAGACGAUUCUGAUGCUGACCCAGACUUCGACAUAAACAGUGCUCCUGACAGUAAUAGUGAAAUAAGGGGCGGUGAAGAGGAAGAUAUUCAGCCUUCUGCCAGCACCGAUGCACCUACUGCUGUUCAAGUGCAACUGUAA